UCAAUGUGUUUUCGACUGACGUAUUCAAUAAUUGGUAUACUUCUAGGAAUUAUAGCGCUGUUUGUGUUCGCUAUAGUAUAUGGAAGUUACCAUGCAGCGUCUUGGGGAGGGAUCAGUAGUGUGUUUUCAGCAAUAGUAUUUUUUCUACAUAUACAACAUAUCAAAGAGUGGUGGCGCUAUUUCUAUCAUUGGUUAUCUUAUUUAGAACUGCUGGGGUUUAUUGUCAUGUUAGGAUGCUUGCCGGCAUUCGGUGUAUAUAUGAGUUACGGCAUUAUACAACAUCAACAUAUUACCCCUAUAGAAAAGUCAUCAGAAUAUUAUGUCACUCUGGUAUGGGUGUUCAUGACGUGGAAAUGGUCCUUACUGUUGUUUGUGUUUGCUAGAAGUUAUAGAAGACUAUACAAUGAGGAAUAUGUGCUGCCACCAUUUGUGGAUUAACAGCGCCCUCAAUCAUAAGUAGUGUGAAACGCUCGC